AUGGGUGCUCUGGGUGCUGUGGCUUCGGCUGUGUCGUACAGCCACCGGCUACCUGAGGACAUACAAUUGAGGGCUCUGUCCCAACUUAUGUUUGACGAUGUGCAGCUCAACGGGGCAAUCCUUCACGACAUCUUCGAAAAGCGCUCAGAUAAACUCAACGUGAGUCUUGAGCAGCUGUGCCGGCUUGGCAAGAGCGCCAGGUGCAAGACAUUUCCGACACUAUUGAAGGAUUCGGACUACGGGAGACUAGCUAGAAAAUCAUUCGAGCAGAAGGUCUCGGCCGAGCUCCUGGACGAGUACUUCGAGGAACUGGUGCCACCGCUCGUGGCCGACCCCGAGCUGCAGAAUUGGUCUUUUCAGGUGCUUGAUGGGAAGAUCUCGGCAAGGAGGCUUCCUAAGGUCAUCAGCCUGAUCUUGGAUCUCGUACGCGGAGCAGAUAAGCAGACGAAGAUCCAGAGGCCGGCAUUGUAUUUCUUGAAGCAGCAGCUGCCGGAGUCUUUGAGUGAGGAGCAAGCUCAGGAGAUCGUGACUCUCCUUGCGCAUUCCAACGCGGACGUGAAGGAGUGGACGUUGCGUCUUCUGCGUAAGCAGGUGCCAGGUGAGCUGCAUCUUCAGCAUUGGGACAAGAUCUUGCCGCUGUUCAGUGACGAGACCUCCUUCGCGCAGGUUGCAGCACUAGAUACAGUUUUAGCCGCAGCUGCACAGCUCUCGAGCGAGCGGCUAUCUCAACACUCCGAGCGGUUUGUCGCGCUCCUCCUGCACGCACUGCAUGGGUUCCCUGGUACUACUGACGAUGGACAGUGGAUCAUGAGGAAAUCUCAAGCAUUGACGCUGCUGUGUGAGCUGCCAGCGGCUAGCCUAACCCGGCACAGGGAGCAAAUGGCAAGUUGCCGAAGCAGAGAAGGCAACAGCUGGCUCCACCUUGCGUCUGCAGAAGGCCAUCUGGCGGCAUGCGAGGCCUUGGUUGACAUCGCGGGCCUUCCCCUGAGCGUGAGGAAUGAAGCAGGAAAAAAACCACUCGAGCUUGCGAAGACGGACAAGGUGGAUCGAUUUUUGACGCAGAGGAUUCGCAGUCAGCAAGGCCGUUUUGGCCGUGGGAAUGCUUUCGAUGAGAUGGAGCAGGAUGAGCGGCCGGUGUCAGAGAUCGUGUGGCGCCUGGUGACUCUCCCUGAGGGAGGCUUUCACUCCUUUCUGGUCGUGACGGUCUCCGAGAAAGGAGCUGCCAAGAGAUACGUGCUGGAGAAGGCUGAGUCUAUCCCGGUCAUAGAGUCUAUUGCCGGGGAUGCGCAUCAGAAACACGGCAUUUUGAUUGGCUGCGAGCCUUUGGGCAACAAGUCGCCGCAUGUGAUGGAUUCCGAUGUACUCAGCAAACACCUUAGUCUCUCCAGUGGCAGUUUAAAAGCAGGGCUCAAGAUGAAGGACUUGUUCCAGCAAGUUCACUUCUCCGAGUCUGCAUCUUCGAUCUGCCAUUGUGUUGCCCAGAAGGUCUUCAAUUACUGCUGCUUGAGACCGGAAGACUCGCAGACCUGUCCUCCGAGUCAGCUUUUGGUGGACCUGCCGGACUGCGAUCAGCUGGAUGAUUUGCUGGUGCACUGGCCACUCUCGAGCGAUAAAGCGUUUGCUGAGUCUAUAGCUGAGGCGGUCUGGAACCUGGGUUUUCGACGGAAGGAUCUAGCUUUGAAGCUGCUGUCCAUGCUGCCGGCCGGUUGCUCCACACCGUCUGGGGAGCGCAUCGCCCGUUACGACGAGAACGGCAACACCUGGCUGCACGUGGCAGCCCAAGAAGGCCAUUUGGAGGCUUGCGAAGCUCUGGUAGAUGUUGCGCGCCUCCCUUUGCGUGUCCAGAACGAUGUGGGUGAAUCGCCACUCACCGUUUCGGCCAGCCGCCAAGUGGAUCAGUUCCUGAGAAACAGGAUGGACUGCGAGGGAGCCCGGUUUGGCCACGGGAACGCUUUCGAUGAGAUGGAGCAGGAUGAGCGGCAGGUGGUCGAGGUGGAAUGGCACACGUUGCCUCUCCCCGGCCAAGCUGGCUACCUGGGAGGUCGUCACUCCUUCUUGGUCGUGGCUGUCUGCGAGCAGAGUAGAGUGGUGAAAAAAUAUGUGCUUGAGAAAGCUUGGUCUGCUGCCAAGGAGGCCCAUCAGAAGAAUGGUGUUUUUAUUGGCAGCCCCAAUCUGGGCACCAACUUGGUGCGUGUGGCUGGCGAUGAAAGGUACUGCAACAUCUUGAGCCUUUCAGGUGGCAACCUGAGAACAGGGUUGAAGAUGAAGGACUUGUACGAGCAAGCUCGCAACUCAGGGCCAUAUGAUCUUGCAGAAUCGAAUUGCCAUCAUGCGGUCCAGAUCGUCUUCAAUUACUGCUGUGCCAGGGAAGAAGACCGGCAGGCACGAACCCCCAACGAAGUCGAAGCGUUCGUCGCUGGCAAUUUGCCGUUUGACGUGCUAAAUUCAGGAAGCAUUGGCUCCGAAGCUUCAGGUUCAGGAGUUUCUUCAGCGAAGUCUGAAGUUGCUUCGCCAACUCCGGAUUCUGGACAUGCACCCCGUGGGUUCACAAAGCCUUUCGACGUCUCCUCCGACCAAUUUGCGCCAGUUGCGGCUAUCCUGAGCCAUGCCGUGUACGAAGAAAAUCCUGAGUGCAUGCUGAAUCCAAAAGAGGUCGUUGCCGGCGCCAUGAUCGACAACUGGUUGAAGCAACCGGUGCACCUACGAUACUCUGACUCUGGCAACACUAUCAGCCAAGUGGAACCUGGACGCAAAUGCACGGUUGAGCAUGAAGGCAAUAAGAUCGUCAUGGACGUCGAUUGCACUUCUUCUCCAUGGUUCAGUAAAAGGCUGGCCGGGAAGCAACCCAUCUGGAUGGGUUGCGACUAUGUGAUAACCACGGAUUUCCGAACUGAGGUCAUAGUGAAGGAGGUGGCAAUGCCAAACGUCGAUGUACUCGUCUCUGCGCCCGACGCGAGCCCUGUACAUUGGCUCCUUGCUAGGUCGGGCAAGGCGAUUUACCUGUGCUUCCGUGGUACGGCUAAUGUGCAGGAUGCUCUCAUUGACCUGGCUGCAGUGCCCGACUAUUUCAGAUUCGCAGAGCAUGGCAGCGGUGUGCACGGUGGGAUAGCGCAUGCUCUGGAGCAGAGGGGGAAAAAUGUAGUGAAAGAUGUGCUCAAAGCUUUGCAGCAGCACCGUAAAGACGGAGAGCAGCUGGUCCUGUGCGGCCACUCGCUCGGCGGAGGCUAUGCCCAGGUGAUGGCCGUCCACUUGUUGAGUCGGAAUGAGGAAGUCUCUGCUGUCUGCACCUUCGGCUCGCCGCAUGUGUUCAUUCCGCCGGAGAGGAAGGAGGAACAGAGGGGGAGGAAAGUUUGGAAUGAGUUGUGUUCGGUUAGCCAGCAUUGGGUGCUCGACUGGGAUCCGAUUCCACGGCUGCCCCUUUGCCAAUCCUGGUUGGAUGUGUUGCCACAGGUGAAAAUCGACGUUGUCGAAGGCAUCCGGAUUGGCUUGGCCGAGAUUCAAGCGAAGGUGCCCGUGUUGGAGGGGUUCGACGUCGCUGGCGAGGUCGUGAUGGUGAACAAGGCGACCAUCUCCGCCUAUCUUGCACCCAAAGGAGCGCCACCUCAGAAAAAGCUUCUCAGUGAGAAGCCUCCUGAGUCAUCGAUGACCCUGAACAAACUGAACGCCUGCCAUGACAUGAAAGAAUACUCACUGAUCGCUCGGAUGUUGACGACCCCAGAAGCGAGGCCUGCAAAGUGA